AUGGCGCGUCGUUUCGGACCGGAAGAGUCUAGAGGAUUGGCUGGCGGAAGCUUGGUGUCUGCAGAGUCUCUCCGAUAUCAAAAGAUGGCCGAUAAUCUUUGUGCUCAAGGAAAGCCAAAUGAAGCUGCCCCGUUCAUGCUCAAAGCGAUGCAGGACAAGAACAAUGUGGAUAUAUUCGUCACCUUUGCUUUUGUGCAACAAAAUUAUCGGAAAGCUCUGGAAGUACUGGAGGAUGGAAAAUUAAUAGGUGAAAGUUCCCUCGAAUCAAAAUAUGGUCCAGACGCGUUCAAGGAUGGCGGACCUCUUGUGGGUCAUUUCAACGAGGUCAUGGACACGAGACCCUACAUGCGCCUUCUCCAGGCAAUGGUCCGAGUGGCUGUGGAGUGCAAGAAUCACUGUAAAGCAGCUGAAACAAUAAUUGAAAUGUUCCGUCUAAACCCUAUGGACCCGAUGCAACAACACAAAUGGCUUCCCACUCUACUCUGUCGCAUAAAACGCUAUCCCGACACACUCUAUUUCUGUCAGGUAUUCUUAGACAUAUUCGUCUCCCGUCUCUCCCUCUCCCAGCUUCCACCCGGGGGCGGAACUCAGUUUUUGCCACCCAGGCGUGAGUUGUAUACCCCUCAGGAGCAGGAGAAGAUGGCGAGUUAUGAGUCAACUAUAUCAUAUGGUGCAGCUCUUGCAGCAUUUCGUUUGUCAGGCGACUGUGAGGAAUCAAGAAUGUACCUUCGCGCUGCAGUGAAGGCAAAUCCAACUGUCAUGCUGAAAAUCUUGAGGAGAUCAGAAAGGCCUAGAACUCUCAACGCCAGCGCAAGGUCAUACAACUCCCCCGAAGAUGCGCAUGAUUAUCUUUGGCUCUCGCAGGACCUUUGGUUGGAAGAGGAUGUUUGGAACUGGGUUCAUGCUAAUUCGGAUGCCCAACAAGCUGUGCGGAAGGAUUGUUCCCGGCCUGGUUGUCGGCGAGGAGAGCAGAGUCCCGGUGAGUUUAAGCAGUGUGGUGGAUGUCAUACGAUCUUGUACUGUAGUCCUCAAUGCCAAAAGGACGACUGGAAGCGACACAAACCGGACUGUGUGUUUGAACAAGAAGCCAAAGCCAUUCGACGUGCUAUAUCGAAAGGCCAACCCAUCCCUGCGAGUGGUUCCAUUCCUGUUUUUGCUGCUGACUUUUCAGAAGAAGGUGUUCGAGGGUACUUCCUAAAAUCUGCCUAUAUUGUUGAUGUAUUUUGGCCCUUACUUUUCUCUUCUUACACAGGUAUGAUCCCGCCCCAAUCAAAAUGA